GCCCAUUCUUUAUCCAGUCCAUGACUGAUAGUCUGAUUCUGAUAGAACAGUCAGUGACGAGCUAGCUCCCAAAUUCCAAUUGCUCUUUCUGCAAUCUCUACUUUUGUUCCCGGCUUUCUUCGCUUCAGCUCAGUCUUAUUCCAUCUGUGACCGUCACGUCGGAGAACCUCCCACUGCGGCAUAACAAGAAUUGAAUAUAAAGGGUGUUCGACGAAUUGCCUCAGUGAAGUUUGAGUGCUUGCUGCUGCACUAUCGUCGUUGUAGUUGGUUCUGUUCUUCUUUCUUUUUUUCUGUCAAUUCGGAGGAAUGGAUAAUAGCAAGAGCGAUGAUGAUGUUAAGAGGGCGCGGCUUAUGGAGGCUCGCGCCAGAAGCAUCAGUCACAAUGUGAGGUGCACGGAGUGUGGGAGUCAGUCCAUCGAAGAAUCUCAAGCCGACAUCGCCGUUCUCCUCAGGAAGUUGAUCCGUGACGAGGUCUGGUCUGGGAAAUCUGACAAAGAAAUCUUCAAAAAGCUCGAGGAUGAAUAUGGAGAGACAGUUCUCUACGCCCCAAAGUUCGAUUGGCAGACUGCAGGGAUAUGGUUGUCCCCGCUUUUAAUUGCAGGUGCUGCUGGAGGGAUAUGGGCUUACAGAAGGCAUAGGCAAAAUACUAAUGUGCAUAUCAUGGCUCUGAAUCUGAUCAGGGGCGUUGCAUUAACACCAAAAGAGAAGGAGACCAUGUUGGAGAUUCUAACACCUCCCCCUGCAGAACGAACCCCUCUUUCAUCUUGGUGGAAUAAGUGGAGAGCUUGACAGAAAAAGGGUAUGUCUUCUGUCGAUUGGUAGCCACAGUCAAGUUGAUUGCAAUGACAUACUGGUGCAAAGAAUCAAGCUUUAUGGUGUGGCAAUGCUGGAGUUAGUGAGACGAUGUAAAGAGCAAGUAGCUUUUGCCUCUGCACCUCAGUAAUAGUAGUCUUAGCUAUGUAUCAAUGUUUGUUGAGAUUAUACUUGCAUCGUUUGAAAGUUCUCUCCCUUGUAAUUCCUGCAUUUGAAUUUAAUGGCAGCAUCUGUAUUAUCAUUCAGUUGAAUUUAAUGCAAGCAUCUACAUUAUCAUAACAC